AUGCUCACCCUUUCUCUGCGGCAAAAGGAGGCCGGGAGGAGCGUUGAAGAUGCCGUUCGUUGCAUCUCAAGAGGAGAUGCGCUUGUAGAGACGUGGAAUCUCUGUCGAAAGAUUGCGGUUCAUCUCCAAAGCGGUUCUCGGCUUGAGAAUCUCGUCGAGCGCCUGGGGUAUCUUGCAAUGAGGGACCAGUCUUGCCAAGUUUCGCGGGGUCUCGAGCGAAAAUCGCACAAAAAGACUCAACCCGAGCAAUGCAAUAUCAGCGUACCCACCGUUCUAGAGCCUCAUUUUCAUUCCUUUGAACCCAUUUCACUCCUUUCUUCACCAGAAUCUAUCCACGCGCCUCAUAUAGCCAUCACCCUUACUUACGAACAGUCACGAUCCCCUCACGACAUCUCUAUCAACGAUCUUACGACCUCUCAUGAACAAAUCACGGACCCAAACGAGCUUUUCAUCGUUCCUAACCCCAUUCUUCCACCCACCCCGUCUUCCCUCCGAACCAUCCACGAAGAUGCGAUAGAAAGCACAUUCGAGCGCGAUAAUCACAACUACCAGCCACCUUCUCCUGUCGUUUUUUUCAAUCCCUUUGCCCGACCGAGUGUCAGCCCUCAGGUUUAUUCCCCACCCGCAACGCCCGCUGUGCACAUGGAUUCGCUCCCGCCUGAUUUGAAUGCCCAGGAAGAAGAAGAGGCCAUCGCUUCGAAUCACGAUCCCGUGAAUCUUACAGGCCGAAUCAAGAAACUCAUGGACCCCCCGAUUGCGCUGGGUGGGACCUCGGACAUUUUCUAUGGUGAAUGGCAAGCUCCUGUGCCUAAAAAGGUACAAUUCAUUACCCCUAUGAAGACGUCCACUGAACGAUUCAAGGUUGCAGUGAAAUUAUUACGGACUACAAACAAGAACUGCAUUGAGACGGUUCGAAGAAGGCUGAGACGCGAGAUGAGACUCUGGUGGAAGUGUCGACAUCGCAACAUAAUCCCGUUGUACGGCUUUGCUUCCGACUUUGGGAAUAUGGACGCAAUGAUCUCACCUUGGAUGAAGAAUGGGUCUGCGCCGGUGUACAUCAAGGCCAACAAAUGUUCCUGGGCGGAGCGCUUGAAACUGCUAAACGAUGUUACUGCCGGCCUCAAAUAUCUUCAUCACUUUGAGCCGCCAAUAAUCCAUGGUGAUCUCAAGCCGAUGAACAUUCUCAUAUCGGAUCGAAAUGAUGCCUGCCUUUGCGAUUUUGGACUGGCAAGGGUGAUCCAGAGUGAUGGCGGCCCGUCUGGAUUCACUACCUCCAAUUUUGCAGGGUCUGUUCGAUACAUGGCACCAGAGUUGCUGAACCCAGAAGACGAAGAAACAGUGCCGCUUGUUGACGCUGCUAGUGACAUUUAUGCUCUCGGUUGUGUCGGCCUCGAGCUCAUGACGGAUCAGAUUCCAUACGCGAAUCGUACUCUAGAUGCUCAGGUCAUCCACGAUGUUGUCGUCAGCAAGUCGCCUCCAGCCAAACGAUCCCAAUGCUCGAGCCUUUCGAUAGUUUCGGUAUCGCAUAACAAACUUUGGGACCUACUCAAGUGGACAUGGAAUCGAGAGCCGACCCAGCGUCCGAAUAUCGAUCAAGUCGGCCGAAUGCUGGUUGAAUGUAGACCACAACAAGGCCCGCUACUUGCUGCCGAUAUCUCAAAUGGGCCACAUCAAAGCCUCGCUGGACAGAAACGAUACUCGCUCGCGGUGCCGACAUCUAGGUCUAUGGCAACGGUACCAGCAAAGAGGGGUUCUGGAGAGUCUCUUUCGAAGCAAAUUCCGCCAUUGUCUGUGCUUAGAUGGAGAGCUCAUUCGGAUCGUGCUCCAAACCUGCCAUCUCGUUCUGGAUACGGCGUCACAUCCAGCCGAUAA